UUUCGUUCCAGGACAUCAGAUCUCCAAACAUGACAGAAACUUCUCUCCAGUAGUCUGACCAUCGACUCUUCGUUCCUGAUACCACUCUUCUCUCGUCCACACAUCGCACAUAUGAUUUCUCUUAGCAUCAGAUGUUUCUCAUCUGAGCCGAUCUGUGGCAACAAGCAUGAGAUUUUUUUUCAUGAUUUUCUCGAAAUUGACUGAUUCCUGUCUCUUCUGAGAUGUUCCAGAUUUGAUCAAAGAUGACAUUCAUAUGUAUCAUCCUUUAGAGCUCGCUCGUUGCGAUGGAACUCGAAAGAGAAGAGGAUCGACCUCAAGAUCUAUUGUUCUCCUUACCUAUAGAAUUACUGAUCAAGGUUCUCAGAGAUCAGGAUCUGCCAAUUUUGACUCUUGCGGAAUGUCGUGUAGUUUGUAAGAAAUGGAAGGCAAUCAUAGAUGGGACGGAGUUACGGAAUAAAAUCUGGAAUAAAUCUGUUCUUAUGUAUUAUGACGAAAGUAUUGACAAUACGGCGUACUUCUGCUUUAGUCAUAUAUGGAUCAGAAGAAGCAUUACAUUUGGGCCCAAGUACGUGGUCGCUGCUGAUGGAGGCCUACUGUGUUUCAAUGACCUGUUGUCAACCGAAUAUGUCAUGUAUAACCCUGUUGAGGACAAAUUCCUGACUUUGAACGUACCUCAUGAAAUCGAUGGAGUGUCUACAGUCUUCGAUGGUAUGCUUGAAUGCAUCGUGGUGGGUUUAGUUGUGGACCAAUCAACAAAACACUUCAAGCUGGUUUUGGGAGGAGUUCUAGUCCCAGAUAGAAGCAGAUCUUUGAUUUACGAUUCGACUACCAGUACAUGGUCGUGGAUUAUUCAUCCGUUUCCUACACUAUUGAACUGGAUGGAAGUAGGGUGGCACAGUGGGAGAUGUGUAGUAUGUAAUGGAUGUUUGCAUUGGCUCGUAUGGGAUCCCAGGGUCACGAUUAAGGCUCUAUUGAUAUUUGAUCUCAGAGAAGAAUCAUGGAAUGUUUUGGCAGAGGAAGUCAUGGAGGACAAGCCUGGUGCCCUUCAGAUUGUUGCGUAUGAAGGAUGUGUUUGCCUACUCGCCAUGGAUUGGACUGAUGUGGAGUUUGAUCAUAGGAGCUAUGACGGCAACUUACUCCGCCAUCCAAUGGUCCGGAGAAUAGAUGGAUCUCUGAUCAGCAGAACACGAGAUCUAUGGGUUAUGGAGGGUGGCAGAGCUUUCAAAAUUUAUGCUUCGGGAGGCAGUGAUGUGUUCUUCGUUUUCGAGGAAGAAGGUGAAGACCUUGAGGUGGCGAAAUACUGGGCUGAAAUCGACAUGAUGUUUUUUUUACCCGAACCUCCAUUUCGCGCAACCCAUGAGUUUCAUUUAUGGGGAUUUCUGCCACGUGUUUUUCACGACCCUUGGUGCGCGGUAAUUCCAGCUCCCGGAGUAAAUGCAGAGCAGGAUUGGAUAACACAGCAGCAAAGACAUCUGUAAUAGGAGGUGGGGGAUUUUAUCAGAGGAGAGGACGUAGUGGAAGUCCGAAGAGAAGUUAUAGGAGUCUCAGGAGGAAUCAGUUCACCGAAACAUAUGUCUUUUGAACUGCACAGAUUUUAACAGCUACAUGUGUGCAGGCAUGAUAUUGUCGAAGUACCUUAGUAGGGUGGAAAAAACAAAUCAGCUCCCCCUUCCGAUAAGCCAAAAACGUGUUUUUUCCCCUUCGGUACCUCCCAUGGAUGUAAAUAAUAAUAUGCUUCUAAAUACCUGAAGUCCUGAUUUCUCUAGGAUGUUAAAGGAUAUGAAUGUAAUUCCAGUACUGGAGUCUUCAUAACUCUCCAUUAUACUGUAGGACUGUACUGUCAUGUCCAUUGACAACAACUAUGGCACUGGAUGAUGCAUUCUCGAUAGCCAAGUUUGUUCAUACCGUCGAGGACGCUGGAAGCUUAGAUCUUCACUUGCUCUAGUCAUGAGUUUAUACAUCGGCCAUGAUUUGAGGCACUUCAAAUUCCAUCGAGUAGAGGACUAUGAACGUCGUCAAGAACAAGGUGAUAAAAGCAUGUUUAGAUACUUCCUG